GCCUUAAGGGUCUACCAUAGUGUGCGUCCUGGUAUAUAAAGACACCAGUGCACUAGAACGUUAUCAGUUACAUAAUCGGCAUCAGACAACCACCACAUAGGACGCACAAUGCCCAAGAAAGGUCUUCUAGAGCGCCUACAGAAUGGCGGCGACGUCAUCAUGGCUGAAGGCUUCGUGUUUGAGUUUGAGAGAAGGGGCUAUCUACGCGCAGGGCCGUUUGUUCCAGAGGUGGUCCUGGAUUAUCCACACCUUGUCAGAAGUCUGAGUGAGGAGUUUGUCCACGCUGGAAGUGAAGUCGUCCUGGCGUUUACUUAUUAUGGCCACCGGGAGAAGCUGAGGCUGAUCGGGAAGGAGCAUCUUCUGGAGAAACUGAACAAGGAUGCUCUGAAGAUUGCGAAGGAAGUGGCUGACGAGUCCGGGACGCUGAUGGCGGGGAACAUCUGCAACACUACUGUCUACAGGGGCAACAGCCAGGAGCACAUAAAACAGGCUGAGGCCAUAUUCAAGGAACAAAUUGAGUGGGCGGUUGAAUACGAUGCGGAUUUUAUUUUGGCUGAGACAUUCCCAGAAUUUGGUGAGGCUCUCCUUGCCCUUGAAAGUAUCAAGAAAUAUGGAAAAGGUAGACCAGCCGUUGUCAACUUGAGCGCUAUAGCUGGAGACAAGACCCUCGACGGUGUCCCCUUCACGGAUGCCUGUCGCCAGCUGGAAGAGGCUGGGGCCGCCGCUGUCGGCUUCAACUGCUUCAGGGGCCCCGCCUCGAUGUUACCCCUACUCCGAGACAUUCGCCGUGUAUGCAAGGGUCCGAUCGCAGCUUUCCCUGUUCCGUACAGGACCUCUAAGGAGUUCCCAGUAUAUCUGUCCUUGAUUGACCCCUUCACAGGUAAGCGGGCGUUCCCCGACGUUUCCUCCCAACUCUGUGGUGUGGCAGAAAUAACGGCGUUUGCGAAGGAAUGCAAGGAAAUUGGUGUUCAGGUCAUCGGUGUCUGCUGUGGCAACACUCCCGCCAUGACCAGAGCCGUCGCCGAAGUGUACGGCCGUACUCCCCCCGCCUCCAAGUUCUCCCCAUUCAUGGAGAAGCACUAUAUCUUCGGGAAGGACAAGUCGGACUACUUCUCUGAUGAUUACUAUCUGUCCAAUAUGAGUGCUGCCGUCAGCAAAGCUCCAUGAACACUUUUUAAAAUUCAAACUUAAUAAUUAUAUAUCGGACAGGCUGAGAUGAAAUGUACAGGUUGAGUUAUGACGUUAGAGAAUCCAAAUCCAGAUAAUAUACAUGUACAGUGAAACCUCUUUAAUCUGGACACCGUCACCAUGGGAAUAAGAUUCCUGAGAGUUUCUUGGGCUUCGGCCCUGCUCCACACUGAAACACGUGCAGCACAUGUGGUGCCUCCUUCAGCAAGUUUGUUUGUUGUUUAACGCCGCACUCCGCAAUAUUCCAGCUAUAUGACGGCGGUCUGUAAAUAAUCGAGGCUGGACC